AUGGGAAUGGGUGUCCCCAAGGAGGGAGACUGUGUUAAGACAACCGAGUUAUUCAAUCAGAUGGAACAUAUUCCCGAAUUCUUUGAACUCAAGAUCAAACCUCAAGUAGUCAGAUUCAUCGGCGCGUUUUGUAUCAAUUAUCGUUUGUAUAACGAUAAAGAAGAAGAAGAAGAACGCCGCAAAAGGAUGUACAAUCAUGUACUAAAUUGUUUUGGAGCCGAAAAUUCAUCAGGUGACGAGUUUGUUCUAGAUGAAAACGAGUUUGAAGACCUCGCAACAUGGUGCUUGAAAAAUGAAACUGCCGCUCUAGAAAUCCUAGAAAUUGAGAGGGGGUUUAAGUUUUCUGGAUAUGAACCCGAUGCAUCUCGAUCCAACGAGGAGACUGGCAAAUCUUCGCUCACAUCGACUACGGAAAAGGUAUGCAGUUUCUACUCCCAGGUUAUCCCCUCAUAAGGCAUCACUCUCAUCUUGGAAUGAAGUAUUAUUAAAACUUGUAUCGCUUCAUUGCUAACCGAAUCUUGUUUGUGUUUAGAAAGGUAACGAAGAAGAAACGGAUCUCGCGAAACCGGCGAACGUACUAGAACAAAUGGGUCCUGUUAAACCGGUAAAUCUGUUUGACUUUCAGAACUCCGAGUAG